AUGCUAGAUAUUCCGCUUCUCUUCCAGAUCAUUGCCGGCGCCUUCCUUCUAGCUCUCAUCUACUACAAGCUCAUCGACGUACAAAGACCCUACCCAGGCAUACCCGUCAUCGAGCUCGACGAUCAAAAAACCAAAUCCUCGCGUCCAGAUCCAUCCAUCUUCGCCACGCGCGAGACAGAACUCACCGCCAAAGGGCUCGAAACGACCAAUGGCCCAUUCCAAGUCUUCACCAGCGCCGGAUACAAAAUCAUCCUGCCAAAUCGAUUCGCGCACGAGCUGCGAAACAACCCCGACAUGAGCUUCACCCGCGUCGGCGACGUCGACUUCCAUGCGCAGUUGCCGGGAAUGGAACCCUUCCGCGAGCUCUUCAAGUCAUCGAAUGGUAUCCUUCGAGACGUGGUGCAGGCCAAGCUCACUCAGAGUCUAGGUCUCGUUACAGAGGAUCUCGUCGAGGAGGCAGACUGCGCCAUACGUCCAUGGCUGGGCGAUGCGAAAGACUGGUCGGACGUAGAGGUGAGGACGUUCAUCUACAAUGUCGUAGGCCGCGUAUCGAGUCGCAUCUUUGGCGGCAAAGAACUCGCACGCGAUGAAGAGUGGUUGGGCAUCUCAACGCGCUAUACGAUUUCUGUCAAUCAGGCUGUGAACAGACUGCGCGGCUUUCCUGCGAUUCUUCGUCCGAUUGCUCAUCGAUUUUUACCGGAGUCUCGAAAUGCUAAGGCGGAGCUUCGAGCUGCCCAGCGUUUGGCGGAGCCGCAGGUUGAAAAGCGCUUGAAGAUCCGCGAGGCGGCGAUUGCGGCAGGUGCGCCGCCGAAGUCGCUGCCGGACGUCUUUUCUUGGACGAUGGAAAUGGCAAAGGGUCGUCAGAUGUUCCUCGUCGAGACGCAAUUGGCUCUGUCCAUGGCGGCCAUUCACACGACGACUGAGAUGGUUAUGCGGUGUUUGGUGGCUAGUUGCGAGCAUCCAGAGAUUCAGCUGCCGCUGCGAGAGGAGAUGGUCAAGGUUUUGAGGAGUGAUGGGUGGUCGAUGAGUGCGUUUUAUAAGAUGAAGUUACUUGACUCGUUUAUGAAGGAGUGUCAGAGAUACUUUCCUUUGUCUAGCAUGGCAAUGGGCAGAGUCGCCGAGAAGGCCGUUGUGUUGUCAGACGGCACAGUCCUCCCAAAGAACAGCUACUCAAUCUUCAUCGACAGCGGAACACGCGACAACAACAUCUACGCUCAUCCCUCGACCUUCGACGCCUGGCGAUAUCUCAAAAUGCGCGAGCGACCCGGCGAGGAAAACCAACAUCAAUUCGUCUCAACCUCCGUAGAUCACCUCGGCUUCGGUCAUGGCGUCCACGCCUGUCCUGGGCGAUUCUUCGCAUCCAACGAGAUGAAAAUCAUUGUUUGCUUCUUACUCAUCGAAUACGAGUGGAGAUUUGGGUCAGGUCAAGAACGACUGCCGGAUCUCAAGUUCGAAGGGUCGAUGAUUGCGAAUCCUGCGACGAAGAUGCAGGUUAGGAAGCGGGAGGGUGAGAUUGAUGUUUUGCGGCCGAUGGCUUGA